GUUCAUACCAAGGGGGUGGUAGUGGAGUGCAAGGAAAUGGUUACGGUUCAUACCAAGGUAAUGGUGGUGGACUGCAAGGCAAUGAUUACGGCUCAUUUCAAGGUGGUGGUGCUGGAUUUAACCAGGCAGGAAACAAUGGAGGUGGUCUGCAAGGAAGUCAACAACAAGGUUUUAUAAAUUAUGGCGGGCAAGGAAGUCAACUACAGGGUUUUGGAAAUGAUGGUGGACUACAAGGAGGUCAACAACAGAGCUUUAGAAAUUAUGGUGGGCUGCAAGGAGGCCAACCGCAAGGUUACAACUAUGGUGGAUUACAAGAUGCUGGUAAUGGUGGAUUCCAAGGAUCUGGUAAUUCAGGAUUUGGUAGUCUUUCUCAAGGGAACGGGUUCGCUACUGGCGGUGGCAAUAGCUUCGGAGCAGCCGGUGGGAAUAGCGGAGUACAAAAUUUCCAAAGAGCGGGUAGCAACUUCGGCCCACCCUCUGACAACAAUUUCAACGGUAGAUCCCAAGGCGCAGCAGCUGCAGGAGCUUACAGUCAGCCAGCUCCUGGGAGAAACAAUCAAGGAGUCAGCUUCGCACCACCAGCUUACGGCCCUGGGGCCUCAGAAAAAGAGCGGAAUACCUGAGCAACCUGCAGUCAAGAAUCUCGGCCCGGGAAAGGCACCAAAACCACCAACAGCACCUUCUGCACCCAAACCGCAGAAGAUGGCGUCACCGACUGGUGGACUUCAGAAACUCGGACCAGCAGACUCGAACAGAGGCUCGAGUGCUGCUUCUGCAGCUAGCGCCCAGGCGUUUAGCGGUGGAGCACCCCCAGCCGCACCAGCUAUUCCGAACAAAAGACAAACUCUGCCCCAAAAUUCUUGUAGCAUGGAUAGCAUGACGAACUUGAAACAACCGAAUUUGGAAGAGAAUGAUGAUGCUGAUGAUGGAAAGAGUGACAAAGACAGUUUAGGAGGAGCAGAUGCUCUCAAUUCUGACGACUCAUCGAAAGUUGGAAGUACCAGACAGGAUGGAAAAGCCCUAGGCAGCACACCAAUCAGUGGUAGCAAGGAUGAUAAGGAUGGCUUGUCGGAAGGUUUCGACGACAGUGAUUCUGACUUCACCAUUCAAGGACUACGUAAUGAUGAUGAUAAUGAUGAUAAUGAUGACGGUGAUGAUAUUGAUGCUGAUGAUGCCAGUGACGAUGACGAUGGUGAUGAUGACGAUGACGAUAGCUAUGAUGGUGAUGACGAUGAUGAUGAUGAUGAUGACGGUGGUGACGAUGGUGAUGAUGACGAUUGUGAUGGUGAUGAUGAUGACGGCAAUGGUGACGACGAUGGCAGUAACAUUGGUGCUUUACAAAGUGGUGGUGGCAAUGAUUACGGCUAUGAUGAUGGUGGAGAUGACGACAUUGGUGAUGACAUGGACGAGAAUGGAGGCGAUAAUGAUGAUGAUGACGACGACAGCGAUGAUAGUGAUGAUGAUUACGACAGCGAUGAUGAUGAUGAUGACGACAGCGAUGAUGAUGACGAUGAUGAUGACGACAGCAAUGAUGAUGAUGAUGACGACGACAGCGAUGAUGGUGAUGAUGAUGACAGCGAUGAUAGUGAUGAUGAUGACGACGACAGCGAUGAUGGUGAUGAUGAUGACGACGACAGCGAUGAUGGUGAUGACGACGAUGAUGAUGGUGAUGAUGACGACGACAGCAACGAUGGUGAUGAUGACGACGACUACAGCGAUGAUGGUGAUGAUGACGACGACGAUGAUGAUGAUGACGACGACAGCGAUGAUGGUGAUGAUGACGACGACGAUGAUGAUGAUGACGACGACAGUGAUGAUGGUGAUGAUGAUGGUGAUGAUGAUGACGACGACAGCGACGAUGGUGAUGAUGACGACGACUACAGCGAUGAUGGUGAUGAUGACGACGACGAUGAUGAUGAUGACGAUGACAGCGAUGAUGGUGAUGAUGACGAUAAUGAUGAUGAUGGUGAUGAUGACAACGAUGGUGGCGGUGAUAAUGGAGGCGAUAAUAAUGAUGACGACGACGAGGAUGAUGAUGGUGAUGACGACGACAGCGAUGAUGGUGAUGAUGACGACGAUGAUGGUGAUGAUGAUGAUGGCGGUGAUGGGGACAGAAGUGAUGGUGACGAUGAUGGCAACAACGUGGGCGGUGAUGAUAGCUAUAAUGGCGAUGAUAAUGGAGGUGCCACUGAUAACGAUGUAAAUGGAAGUGAGAAUGAUGAUGUUGACGACACUGAUUGCAAUGCCGACGGUGAUAAUGGGUUGGAUGCGAGUAAAAACAUGAAUAUGGGUAGAAAUAUGAAUCUGAAUUAUAGAAGGAUGAGUAUGGUUCAAGGCAUGGGUCAAAAUAUGGGUAUGAAUUACGGUCUAAGUAACGGGUUCGAUAUGAAUAAAAGGAUGAGUACGGUUCAGGGCAUGGGUCAAAAUAUGGGUAUGAAUUACGGUCUAAGUAACGGGUUCGAUAUGAAUAAAAGGAUGAGUACUGUUCAGGGCAUGGGUCAAAAUAUGGGUAUGAAUUACGGUCUAAGUAACUGGCUCGAUAUGAAUAAAAGGAUGAGUAUGGUUCAGGGCAUGGGUCAAAAUAUGGGUAUGAAUUACGGUCUAAGUAACGGGUUCGAUAUGAAUAAAAGGAUGAGUAUGGUUCAGGGCAUGGGUCAAAAUAUGGGCAUGAAUUACGGUCUCAGUAACGGGUUCGAUAUGAAUAAAAGGAUGAGUAUGGUUCAGGGCAUGGGACAAAAUAUGGGUAUGAAUGACGGUCUAAGCCGGGACAGAAAGGCCGAGACAGAGUGAAUUCCUCUUUCGAAGGUGAUGUGGAGAGGACGGUAGAAUCUAGAGAAAGGAAGGCUUACAAGCAAGUUUUUGACAGGGAAUUAAAGUGAUUUAGUUACUAAUUCCUGAUGUUCACGUACUUGUCGUACUUCAAAAAGAAACUCAAAUUGUAUAAAUUUUUUCGUGUACAUUUUUAUCUUCAGACUUGAUUGGAACUUUUCUUAAUACGUUGAAAACUGCGUAAUCCAAUUCAAUGUUUGAAUUUGUGUGCUUCGAAAAUAAAAUGCAUCUAAAAUUUGAAAUAAAAUAUGCUGAUAUCUGUG